AUGGACGACUACGAGUAUCUCCAGCCGGGGUUCGACCCCAAGUCGUUGACCGUGCCCCGGUUGCGAUCGAUUCUGGUUGCGCACGAGGUCCAGUACCCCGCCACAGCGAAGAAGCCGCAACUCAUUCAGCUUUUCGAGGAUGAGGUCGUUCCCCAGGCAAAGAAGAUUCUGGCGAAACAGGCUAGGGCCAAGAGAUCAAGCAAGGGUAUCGUCGAUGCUGGAAGCUCCCAAGACACCGACUCUUUCGACGACUACGACCUCGCCCCUCCUCCGCCCAGAGCGACGAGAUCAAGAUCGCCGCGCAAGGCUUCUGCCAGAGUCAAGAGCGAGGACUACGAGCAGGAGGCGCCACCGUCCGUGAGCCCGACUAAGAGGAAGGUGCGCGCUGUCAGCAGACAACUGCCUGAGCCUGAGCCUGAGCCUCAGCCCCACGUCGCGCAAUACACCGAGACAUACACCGAGCCAGAGCCUCCCAAGUCCGUCCGCAAGCGCGCUGCCACUCCCAAGAUGCCCAAGAUCAAGCAAGAGGAGUCGGAGGAGGAUUUCUUCAACAGAAGAGAGUCGGCAUACUUUUCAUCGGAGAAUCCGUUCCAAAGUGGCAGCCCGGCGACGCAGCUCGUAGUCAGCCCAGCCGGGCGAAGGAAAACCACUGGCACAGAAGUAGCGAGGAGCAGGCACGAUGAUGGCGUUCGACGUCGGACGGAUGGCCAUUCUGCCGAAGAUCGACCAAGGUCAUCGAGAAAGUCCCAUGCGUUCGAAGUCCCUUCUUACGAGGUCGAGGCUGGGGAGGAGUUCACCCCUGAUGCGCAGUUCGAGAUGGAGCAGGAGAUGGCCGCGAGCGGCCAAAGGGCUCCUGCGCCGCGUCCUACUGAACCUCCUCGCCAAAGAAGGAGUCUUUCCAAACCCCUCUGGGCUCUCGCUGUUUCGCUCCUCGGAGCCUACGGCGCGUGGUACAGACAAGAGAAGAUUGCUGUCGGUUACUGCGGACUCGGUCGGCCUGCGACGCAAAUCAUCCCCGCUGAUGUCCCAGUACCCGACUGGGCCGUGCAGCUCGCCGAACCGCAGUGUGAGCCUUGCCCGCAGCAUGCCUACUGCUACGAGGAUUUCUCCGUCCGUUGCGAACCUGACUUCAUCCUGAAGCCGCACCCGCUGUCUCUAAGCGGUCUAGUGCCCCUCCCACCCACCUGCGAGCCGGACGGGGAGAAGGUCAGGAGAGUGAAGGCUGUAGCCGACAAGGCUGUUGAGGAGCUGCGCGAGCGACGUGCGCAGUUUGAGUGCGGUGGCUCUACUAUUGAUGCUGGCCAGGCGCCAGAGACCCCGUCCAUCGACGAAGCGGAGUUGAAGGCGGCAAUUAGCGCGAAGCGAAGCAAAAAAAUGAACAAGCAAGAGUUUGACGACCUUUGGGCUGCCGCCAUUGGAGAUGUCAAGGGCCGAGAGGAAGUGGAAGUGGUAUCAAAGGCCAAUUCCACCUCAAUUUCAGACGCCUACCUCUCGUCCUCCUCUCUCGCUCGCCUUCCGAUCGGCUGCGCCCUCAAGCGUUCAGUCAAGCUCGGCCUGGCAAGACAUCGACUCUCAAUUGGAUCUGUGAUCUUUUUGAUCUCGGCCUACUUUUACGUUCGACGCAAGUACCGGUCACACAAGGCAACGGUGGCGCAAGUUCCUGCGCUUGUCGACCUUGUGCUGUCGAGACUUGCAACGCAAAAGGAGCUUGGCGAGGAGGAUCUUGACGACCCUUGGGUGUUUCUGCCCAACUUACGUGACGAUGUGCUGCGAUCGGUACACUCACUCAGCGAGCGAGACCGCAUCUGGACCCGAGUUAAGGCUGUCGUUGAGCAGAACAGUAAUGUUCGCACCAGUCAAAGAGAAGGGCGCAGCGGUGAGGUUGGCCGCGCCUGGGAAUGGAUUGGACCUAUUGCUGGAGACAGUGCCAGACGGCGCAAGAGUGGACGUCAUUCCUUUGUAGCGGACGUUAAGAGUGAAGAUACCCCUGGAGCGUCAGUGAACAAGACUGGCGCGCAUUCGAAGUGGGAAGAGUCGCGACCUGUUUAUUAA